AUGAGCGCCUCUUUCCGUCCUGCUGCUGCCCGUAGCCUCUUCCAACACUCGUCCACUGCCGCCGUGCGACCUCAAUUCAUUUCCAGACCCGCUUUUGCUGCCAUUGAGCAAAGACGAAGGAUGGCUGCAUUCAACAAGAUUAAGGUCAAGAACCCCGUCGUCGAGCUGGACGGCGACGAGAUGACGCGUAUCAUCUGGCAAGACAUCAAGGACAAGUUCAUCCACCCUUAUCUGGACAUCGAUCUCAAGUACUACGAUCUCGGUCUUCCCUACAGAGAUGAGACCAACGACCAGGUUACCAUUGACGCUGCCGAGGCCAUCAAGAAGUACUCGGUCGGUGUCAAGUGCGCGACCAUCACCCCUGACGAGGCCCGUGUCAAGGAGUUCAACCUGAAGAAGAGUGAAAACGCCCUCGGCGGCACCGUCUUCCGUGAGCCCAUUGUCAUUCCUCGCAUUCCUCGUCUCGUACCUGGCUGGAAGAAGCCCAUCAUCAUCGGUCGUCACGCUUUCGGCGACCAAUACCGCGCCAAGGACCUUGUCAUCAAGGGCGAGGGCACUCUCAAGAUGGUCUUUACGCCCAAGGGUGGCGAGCCCGAGGAGAUUGAGGUCUUCAACUUCCAGAAGCACCACGAGGGAGGUGUCGCUCAGACCCAGUACAACACGGCAGAGAGCAUUGCUGGAUUCGCACACGCUAGUUUCAAGCUCGCCAUUGACAAGAAGCUGCCUCUGUACAUGAGCACAAAGAACACGAUUCUCAAGAAGUACGAUGGAAGGUUCAAGGACAUUUUCGAGGAGAUUUACCAGAAGGAGUACAAGGCCGACUUUGAGAAGGCUGGCAUCUGGUACGAGCACCGUCUGAUCGACGACAUGGUCGCACAGAUGAUCAAGAGCGAGGGUGGUUACAUUAUGGCCUUGAAGAACUACGACGGUGAUGUCCAGUCCGACAUUGUCGCUCAAGGUUUCGGCAGUCUGGGUCUGAUGACUUCGGUUCUGAUCACGCCUGAUGGCAAGACAUUCGAGUCCGAGGCCGCCCACGGCACUGUCACUCGUCACUUCCGCGAGCACCAGAAGGGCAACGCCACUUCGACCAACCCCAUCGCUUCCAUCUUUGCUUGGACGCGUGGUCUUGCCAAGCGUGGUGAGCUCGACAAGACUCCCGAGGUCGUCAAGUUUGCCGAGUCGCUCGAGGAGGCCUGCAUCCACGUCGUCAACGAGCAGGGCAUCAUGACCAAGGAUCUUGCUCUUGCAUGCGGAAAGAAGGGCAAGGACGACUAUGUCACCACCGGAGCAUACCUCGACGCGGUUGAGAAGCGCAUGAAGACUGUGCUCCAGGCCAAGCUGUAG